GAUUGUUAUUUGUAAAUUCCCAUCAAAUUAUUGUAGGACAUUGGAAAUAUGGCAUUGAAGGCAUCACCAAUGUCAGUCAAUUUGCGAAGCGUGCUGGGCACUAAGAGGAUCUUCUCCCGGACUUCGGUAGCAAAGCCGACACGAUCGCAGACUGUGAGACCGAAGGCUACUGCGUCUGUGGCCGAGAAAACUUCAGACACAAAAUUUGCCCAGUACACCCCUGGUACAGCUUUUCUCUUCCCAGGACAAGGCGCUCAGACUGUGGGCAUGGCCAAGGACGUUGUCGAGGAGGUCCCAGCCGCAAAGGACUUAUUUGAUAGGGCAUCUGAGAUUCUGGGAUACGACCUUCUGAAGCUCUGCGUCGAGGGCCCAAAGGAAAGACUGGAUUCAACUGUCAUCAGCCAGCCUGCGAUUUAUGUUGCCAGCUUGGCAGCAGUUGAGAAGCUGCGCCUGACAGAAGGAGAGGAGGCUGUGCAAGCAGCGGAUGUUGCUGCUGGGUUGAGCCUUGGAGAGUACACUGCACUGACUUUCGCAGGCGCACUUAAGUUUGAGGACGGUGUGAGGUUGGUGAAGAUUCGGGGGGAGAGCAUGCAGGCAGCGGCUGAUGCUCGUCCCUCUGCCAUGGUCUCUGUCAUCGGCCUGGCUGCAGACAAGGUAGAGGAGCUGUGCGAAGCAGCCAACAAGGAGGUAGGAGCGGAUGAGGGUGUGCGGAUUGCAAAUUUCCUGUGCAAUGGGAACUACGCUGUCAGUGGGGGCCUGCCAGGCUGCGAGGCAGUUGAGAAGCUGGCAAAGAGCUUCAAGGCAAGGAUGACUGUGCGACUGGCUGUGGCUGGUGCAUUCCACACCGCCUACAUGCAGCCAGCAGAGGAAAAACUCAGGGAAGCACUGGCGUCAACAGAGAUUGUCGUCCCUCGCAUCCCUGUGGUAUCUAAUGUGGAUGCACAGCCGCACUCUGAUCCUGAUGUGAUCAAGGAUAUCCUUGCCCGCCAGUUGACAUCCCCUGUGCAGUGGGAGAAGAGCAUGCAGACCAUGUUGGAGAAGGGCCUUGAAAGGAGCUUUGAGAUUGGACCCAACAAGGUCAUUGCAGGAAUUCUGAAGCGCAUCGACAAGAAGCACAGCGUCACAAACAUCCAAGUGUGAGCCACAGUAAAAACGCAUCAAAGCAGGUUGCAAGGCAAGCCAUGAUGAAGCCUGCUUUCAGUACUGCCAAUGAAUGUGUCUGCAAAAAUGGGCUACUUGAGAAGAGAGAAGAGAGAUGAGAGAGAGAUGGGGCGUCUGACAUAAAGAACAAAUGUCUGCGUCUGCUGUAUAUUGUCUUGUUGAUACAUUUACGGAUCAGCAAUAUGCGGGAAUGGUUCACAAUUAGAAGAAGGUAUGGUUCACGAUUGUAAAUGUAAUACAGCAAUGGUUCACAAUUGCACUGUCACUGGCACAGUCAGGAAUCAUCUGUAACAAUGGUGACCUGAUCAAA